AUGGAGGCCUCGUUCGCUUGUUCGCGGGAAAACGGCGGACGUUCCUUCUUCGCUGCAAUCGGUGAUCGAUUUCUUGAGGCAGGGGAUGCUCUGGACGGUCCAUCCUUCUCGGACUCUGGAGACACCAAGUCAACGAGAUUUGCCGCUGCACUGGCUGAGUUGAUCGACGAUUCCAGCUUGACUAUCCUGUCGCCGUCGUCGUUGUCUUCAACAUCGCUAGGAUCGGCCACAAGCGGCGGAUGCAGGUUCACGAACUUCGCCAUACGACUUUUUCGAGAGUGCUUCGUAUCAUGCUGGUCAUCGCUCGAUGGUUUAGGCGUGAGUCUGCUUGGAGAGGUCGGAUGCUUGUGA